AUGAGUGAAUCUUUAUUUGUUUUCACAGGAUUGAGAAUACCCAAAUAUGAAAUUUUGUACAAUGGGACAGGAUUUAUUAUCGAAGGCUUUACUGAUGCACAAGAACUCCAACUACCAAUUUUCUUUAUUUUCCUACUUAUCUAUUUCAUUAUUCUAUUUGGGAAUGCGGCCAUUUUAAUUGCCAUUUUAGGUGACUCUAAUCUUCACACCCCUAUGUAUAUUUUUUUGGUUAAGCUCUCUUUCAUUGACAUAACCUAUGCCUCGAAUAUCAUUCUCAAACUGUUACAUAUUCUGCUUACUCAACAUAAAACCAUUUCUUUCUCUGGGUGUAUGAUCCAGCUGUAUUUCUUUAUAUCUCUGACAUGUACUGAAUUCCUUCUCCUUGGAGCCAUGGCUUAUGACCGAUACGUGGCAAUUUGCCACCCCCUUCAUUAUUACAUUCUGAUGACAAUUAAAAAAUCCUGUGUGUUAAAUAUCAUGGUAUGGGUCAUUGGCUCGUGUGACACUAUGGCACACACCAUAGUCAUAUCUAAGAUGUCCUUCUGUGCUUCUCACCAUAUUGACCAUUUUUUCUGUGACGUUACCCCAUUGCUGAAGCUCUCUUGUAGUGGCACCUCCAACGUGGAAAUGAUAACCUAUAUCAAUGGGUCAUUACUUAUAUUUCCGGCAUUUUUGCUCACUUUAACCUCAUACGUAUUGAUUAUCUCCAACAUUCUAAAAAUUAAAUCGGAAGAGGGUCGGCGUAAAGCUUUCUCCACCUGUACCUCCCACCUGACCUCCGUCACCAUGUUCUAUGGAACUAUUCUGUGUUUGUAUAUGAGACCAACAACGAGCUAUUCUCCGAGCCUGGACAAAUAUUUUUCUCUGAUAUAUGUCGUCAUGAUCCCUAUACUAAAUCCCAUUAUUUACAGUCUGAAAAACCAGGACAUUAAAAAUGCCUUAAAGAAACAUAAGAACAAGAUGUCUUUUAAAAGACAAUAA